UCUGACUGGCUUUUCAACGCACUAGAAGGAUCAAGAAUGGCAACUUCUUGCAGUGGCUGGAUGGAAAUUCAAAUAUUUGAAGAGUGGCUGUUAAAUCACUUUGUUCCAAAUAUUAUAAAUAAGGAAGAUGUUGGAUAUUUCUCGAGUUUAAAAGCUGAUUGGAGGUCAGUUCUUAAUCAAUGGCGUAAAACAUCCAGAGGAAAAAAGGUUAAUAACCUGCCAAAAAAGUUGUUUACGCAGCUCAUUAAAUCUACUCUUAAUGUUAGUAAAGAAAAUCUAGAACAUAAUCUCCAAGCAGGAUUUAAGGCUACUGGCAUAUAUCCAUUUGUACCAGAACAUGUUCUCUCCAAAUUACCCAGUUUUACAAAUAUAAAUAUUCAACUCAAUAUUGGAGAAUCGUUUAGGAAUUAUGUUGAUGAUAUUCAUCUUAAUUAUGAAGUAAGCAAAAAAUUUAAGUUACCAAUAACAGCAGGGAAAAGUGUAUCAGCCACUGAGGUAGAAGCAUACUAUAAGGAAAGAGACAAUAAAAAAAAAAGUCAAGAUAAUAUUCGAGCAAAGAAAAGAGGAAGACCACUUGGAUCAAAUAAUAUGGUUAUGAAAAUAAACAAAAAACUUAAAAUUUUACAAAGUUCAAGCAUCGUAAAUGUUAAUCAAGUUAUUGAAAACAAUGAACAAGUUUUACCUGUAUCUCAAAAUGAUGCAGUUUUUUCAUUGGAGCAAGUAAACAAUCACUAUGUACAUGUUUUCCUUGAUCAUGAUUAUAUUGUUUACACCCUUUAUGUUGUAAUUGUUGGAUAUAAUCUUAUUGUAUCUUAA